GCCGGUUUCCAGAAAGGCUCCAGGUGCAGCCUCGCCGGCCUUUGUGCGCCCGGCCUGCCGCUGCAGGGGUCGGGGGCGGUGCCGCCGUGACUCCGCCCCGCGCCCGGCCCGGUUCUCCGGCUCGGAGCCCCGCGCAGCCCAGACCCGCGGGCAGGCCAGUCCCAGGCCGUGUGCUCUGCAGUCCGCGGCCGCCGCGCUCCGAGCCCGCGCUGCUGCGCGCCCAGGCUGCAGAGCUCCCCCGGGGCCCUCGUCCCCGUUCCGGGGCCGGCGCAGGGCGGGCCCCGAGCUCUCUAUGCCGCCAGCCCCGGGGCUGCGGAGCCGGCCGGUUGGCUCCUGCGAUGGCGGCGGAAGGGGAGGCUGCGGCGAGAGAUAGAAUGCUGAUAGAAAAGAACGAGUGCAUGGCUCCCAAGGUUUCCAGUUAUGUGAGCCCAUGGACAAAACCAACAGCUAUCGGAUCCCUCAGCCCACAUGUGACAGAGCUCCCAAGAAAACGAAAAGGAAGUGAUUCAGACCCAUCCCAAAAGGAAGAUGGUGAACAACACGUACAAAUGAAGUCCUUCAGAGAAGCUCAUAGUCAAACUGAAAAGCGGAGGAGAGAUAAAAUGAAUAACCUGAUUGAAGAACUGUCUGCAAUGAUCCCUCAGUGCAAUCCCGUGGCACGUAGACUGGACAAACUUACGGUUUUAAGAAUGGCUGUCCAACACGUGAGAUCUUUAAAAGGUAUGACUAACACUUAUGCAGGAGAUAAUUAUAGACCUUCAUUUAUUCAGGAUAAUGAGCUCAGACACUUAAUCCUUAAGACUGCAGAAGGCUUCCUAUUUGUGGUUGGAUGUGAAAGAGGAAAAAUUCUCUUCGUUUCAAAAUCAGUCUCCAAAACACUUAAUUAUGAUCAGGCUAGCUUGACUGGACAAAGCUUAUUUGACUUCUUACAUCCAAAGGAUGUUGCCAAAGUAAAGGAGCAACUUUCUUCUGAUAUUUCACCGAGGGAGAAGCUGAUGGAUGCCAAAACUGAUUUGCAAGUUCAUAGUAAUUUCCACAGUGGAAGGAGUCACGUGUAUUCUGGCUUGAGACGAUCCUUUUUUUGUCGGAUAAGGCGUUGUAAAAUCUCUGUCAAAGAAGAGCAUGAAUGCUUAUCCACCUCAAAGAAAAAAGAUCAUAGAAAAUUCUGUACUAUCCAUUGCACUGGUUACUUGAGAAGCUGGCCUCCAAAUAUUGUUGGAAUGGAAGAAGAAAAGGACAGUAAGAAAGACAGUAGUAAUUUUACCUGCCUUGUUGCCAUUGGAAGGUUACAUCCAUAUAUUGUACCACAGAACAGUGGAGAGAUUAAAGUGAAACCAACUGAAUUUAUAACCCGGUUUGCAAUGAAUGGGAAGUUUGUCUAUGUGGACCAAAGGGCAACAGCAAUUUUAGGAUACCUGCCUCAGGAACUUUUGGGAACUUCUUGUUACGAAUAUUUUCAUCAGGAUGACCAUAGUAAUUUGACUUACAAGCACAAAGCAGUUCUACAGAGUAAAGAGAAAAUCUUUACAGAUUCAUACAAGUUCAGAAAGAAAGAUGGCUCUUUUGUAACUUUAAAAAGCCAGUGGUUUAGUUUCACAAAUCCUUGGACCAAAGAACUGGAAUAUAUUGUGUCUGUCAACAAUUUAGUUUUGGGACAUAGUGAGGUUAGAGAAGCAUCGUUACUUCCUUGCAGCUCUCAAUUAUCAGAAGAAUCCUCAAAACCAUCUUAUAUUAAUGUACCUGGAAUGUCUACUGGAAUAGUACUUGGCCCUGGUAGUAUUGGAACAGAUCUUGUAAAUGAAGUCCUGGACUUACAAAGGUUACAGGCUUCUUCCUCCCUUGAGGACUCAAGGCCAGCAGAUUUAAUGAAAGAUUCUCACACUAUAAACUGCAGGAAAGUAAGUACGAUGUCAAAUAAGGAGCCGAUUCCACGAAAUCCUUCUGAAAUAGGGGAGCCAGAGGCUCCAAGGCAAAACCACAGUGCUGUUCCUUCCCAUAGUCACGAGCCACUCCUUGGCCAAGGUGCCCAGCUGGAUUUUGAUGCCCUGUGUGACAAUGACGACACAGCCAUGGCUGCCUUCAUGAAUUACUUUGAAGCAGAAGGGGGCCUGGGAGACCCUGGGGACAUCAGUGAUAUCCACUGGACACUCUAGCAUUUGAUUUUCUAACUCUAAAAAUUAGGAAUGUGAUAAAGCAUUUCAUUUACAAAAAAAACCUGUACAAUCUUCUGCUCUGUAUUGAUACUGUUCUUAUCUUUUAUUCCUAUUAAUGGUCUACCAAUUUUUAUAGAUUUGCACCUUUCACAGCAGUAUGGGGGAAAUGUGAGGUUUCCCUUCACAAAGAAUGGCUCAGCGUUUCCUACAGACCCCUUGGCUCAGUGAAAUGGCUUAAAACCCACUAGUUGCUGUAUUUUUGCUAAAAUAUUUCUAACCAAGAAUAUCACAUACACCUUGUUUUGGUUUUGUUUUUAUUUUCUGGUGCAAUUUUUAAGUUUGGGGAAUUUAAUAUAUUGUGUCUAAGAUUCAUUUAUAAUUGAUUUAUAAUAGCAGAUUUAUGUAAAUUGGAACAUCACCAUUUCCUGUGUAUUUCCUUAGUUGAGAAUAGGGCUUAAAUAUUUUAAGAAAACCGAGUACUUGAACAUGUAAGAAAUGAUAUAAUCGGUGCUCAUAAUUGUAAUGAAUACAGUAUUCAGUCGUUGUAGACUUGGAUACAGGGUAUUUAUGCUUAGUGAAGCACUUGAGAUAGACUUUAAGUGAGAUGAUUUAUUUAAACUCAGGAAAAAAAAAAGAAAAGAAAAGCUGGGAGAGUUUCAACUUUGCUUACAGAAGACCUUAGUCCUAGUUCUUGGUAAUUAACCUUUGCAUGUAAGAAUUGCUGUUAACAUAACCAAUCAAGAUUUUCAUUAUAUCUAAAACCAGUUUUUGAUGCAGUAAAGGUGCUUAGUGAAGGAUUAGCCAUGGAGGGAAAAAAAACAAGCCCAGGCAGGAUAAAUGUCUUGUGUAAAGUCACAAUUAAAUUCGUAUUUUUGAAAUGUU